AUGCUGUCCCGGUCCCGUUGCGUGUCCCGGGCGUUCAGCCGCUCGCUCUCCGCCUUCCAGAAGGGGAACUGCCCUCUAGGGAGACGUUCCCUGCCUGGGGUCUCCUUAUGUCAGGGACCUGGUUACCCUGAUAGGAGGACAAUCGCCGUUAGCAAUAGUAGUGUCUUCAGUGUUCGCUUCUUCAGAACUACGGCUGUGUGCAAGGAUGAUGUGAUUACAGUAAAAACCCCAGCAUUUGCAGAAUCUGUCACAGAAGGGGAUGUCAGGUGGGAGAAAGCUGUUGGAGACGCAGUUGCAGAAGAUGAAGUGGUUUGUGAGAUUGAAACCGACAAGACAUCUGUGCAGGUUCCAUCACCAGCAAAUGGCGUUAUUGAAUCUCUUUUGGUACCUGAUGGGGGAAAAGUAGAAGGAGGCACUCCUCUUUUCACACUCAGGAAAACUGGCGCUGCUCCUGCUAAGGCCAAGCCAGCUGAAGCCCCUGCUGCUGAAGCCCCAAAGGCAGAACCAGUAGCAGCGGCAGUUCCCCCUCCCCCUGCAGCAUCCAUACCCACUCAGAUGCCACCGGUGCCCUCCCCCGCACAGCCCUCUGCUAGCAAACCAGUGUCUGCGGUAAAACCCUCUGCUGCUCGUCCAGGAGCUGAGCCAGGAGCUGUUAAAGGUCUGCGUUCAGAACAUCGGGAGAAAAUGAACAGGAUGCGGCUACGCAUUGCUCAGCGUCUGAAGGAGGCCCAGAAUACAUGUGCAAUGCUGACAACUUUCAAUGAGAUUGACAUGAGUAACAUCCAGGAGAUGAGGGCCCGGCACAAAGAUGCUUUUCUGAAGAAACAUAACCUCAAGCUGGGCUUCAUGUCGGCCUUUGUGAAGGCCUCAGCCUAUGCCUUGCAGGAACAGCCUGUUGUAAAUGCAGUGAUUGACGAUACAACCAAAGAGGUGGUAUAUAGAGAUUAUAUUGACAUCAGUGUUGCGGUGGCCACCCCACGGGGUCUGGUGGUUCCCGUCAUCAGGAACGUGGAAACGAUGAAUUAUACAGAUAUUGAGCGAACCAUCAGUGAACUGGGAGAGAAGGCCCGGAAGAAUGAACUGGCCAUUGAAGAUAUGGACGGUGGUACUUUCACCAUUAGCAAUGGAGGUGUUUUCGGCUCCCUCUUUGGAACACCCAUUAUCAACCCCCCUCAGUCUGCCAUCCUGGGCAUGCAUGCCAUCUUUGAUAGGCCAGUGGCUAUUGGAGGCAAGGUGGAGAUACGGCCCAUGAUGUUCGUGGCACUGACCUAUGAUCACCGGCUAAUCGACGGCAGAGAGGCUGUGACUUUCCUCCGAAAAAUCAAGGCAGCGGUAGAGGAUCCCAGAAUCCUCCUAAUGGACCUUUAG